CUCAGCAACACAUCUUGACUCUGCUGUCUAAGGACAGAGAAGACACUCAGCUUUGGCUUCCCUUAGAGAGGCUGAGAAAGAGCACUUCUUCCUGGGAUGGAUGUCACUCGCCUGCUCCUGGCCGCCCUGCUGGUCGGCCUGUGCUUCCUCACUGCCUACAGCCACCUGGCACCUGAGGAGAAGCCCAACGAUGACAGACGCUUGAGGAGAAACUCCUCCAUGAACCUGUUGGAUUCCCCUUCUGUCUCUAUUGUGGCACUGAACAAGAAAUCCAGAAAGAUCAGCAGAAAAGAGGCAGAAAAGAAGAAGAGAUCUUCCAAGAAAAACGCUUCGAUGAAGAAGGUGGCGCGGCCGCGGCCCCUGCCGCCCGCCCCCUGCGUGGCCACCCGCGACAGCUGCAAGCCGCCGGCGCCCGCCUGCUGCGACCCGUGCGCCUCGUGCCACUGCCGCUUCUCCCGCAGCGCCUGCUCCUGCCGCGUGCUCAACCCCGCCUGCUGAGCCCGCCCGCCUCCCGGCCGCCGGCGGGGCUCCCUGGGGACCCUCGGGGCCCUUCCGGGGCGGCUGAUCUCUAGUAGGUGAGGCUUCCUAGGA